GAGUUUGAAAUCGGCCAGGGUGGGCAAGGAGCGGGUAUCUAUCUUCGGGUCCCGGGUACCAAACAGGGAGGAUCCAGCCGUCAGAGGAGACUGGACCAAGCACAUGGCGUCUCAGUGGCAGGUCAUGACGGCCUCCGUGCGCAGACGGUCACUCCUGAAGGAAGAACAGCUAGACAAGGAGGUGACCCGGUCUUCUGGGGGUCAUCUGGAGACCGGUCCCCUGGGCUCCCUGUGCAGACAGUUCCAAAGGAGGCUGCCACUGAGAGCGGUCAGCCUCAACCUCGGAAAUGGCCCCUCCUGGAAACGCCUGGAAACCCCAGAGGCAGAGCAGCAGAGUCGUCCAGCCAAAAGCGCCUUGGGUGCCAUGUCCCAGAGGAUCCAGGAGUCCUGCCAAAGUGGUACCAAGUGGCUGAUGGAAACACAAGUGAAAGUGAGGAGGAAGCGAGGAGCCCAGAAAGACAGAGGGUCCCCGCCCCUCAGUCUGAACCAGAAGAACACUCGGCUAUGCAGGGCCAGCCGGGAUGCCAGAGCUGGGGGGCACACUCGCCUCUCUGGCCAGAUGGGCCCACACUCCCAUCGACAUCAGCGGCUAAGGAGGGAGGCUGCCCUGAAGAGCCCCUGUUCCUCUACAGACCCUCUUUGCUCUCCCAGUGACUCUGACAGCGACCUAGAGCCUGUGGGAGCUGGAAUCCAGCAUCUCCAGAAGCUGUCCCAAAAGCUGGACAAAGCCAUCAAGGCUGAAGAAAGUGGUGACAUGACUAUCUCUCUUAUUCAUGAAUGAGGACAGCAAGCAUCCUACAGCCAAAGCUGCUACUGUUACUGAUCACAUCAGCUCCCUGUGAUUUCAAAGGACUGAAAUCCACCUUCCAGCCUCUCAAUUUGGAGAGGAGAGCUAUAGCGUCCUACAUCCCCUGCCUUGAGAACUGGAAGACACACAACAGAAGCUCUCUUACAGGAGACAUGCUCUGUCCAGCCACCAAGCCACCAAAAUAUCCAUGACACCCACCCCAUGAACUUGCAGGAGGUGGCAAUGGGCUCAUCAACAUUCACCAGGAUGCUGCUAACAAGGACUUGACUAACAUGGGUUCUAGAAAACUACUUCAGCCAUAUCUGAGCCCAUUAGUAGGCACUGGCCACAGCCUGAGAGUGAUUUAGGAAGAUGUUGAAGAGGUGAUGGGAAUCGCCCAUGUUCCCCCAGGGGACUCUUGGACUUUGGCACGCUCAUCCUGGUCUCCAGCCUCAUAGCUGCCCAUCCAUAUUAGGAAUGUACCAGAAGAUGCUAGAUCGUUCUGAGCCUUGUAACUAGGACCAAGGCCCUGCAGGAGUCAUCCCACUUUUACCCCUGCUCCUCCCCACCACCAGGAAGAGAGAAGAUAAUUUUGAGACUGUGCAGACCUAGGCUCAUGAAGCCUGUGUAUAAGCUCGGUGUGGGAGCACCAUUCAAGAGCAGUUUCUGUCCUUUGUAAAUUAUUUAAGAAAUCUGCUGUGUCAUUUUAUUAAAAAGAUACCAUUGUGUCACUUUCCUAGA